AUGGUGCACGUCCUCGGGGUGCAGUUGCCUGACCACCAGUUGGCCCGAUAUGCCUUGACGCAUUUUUACGGCGUAGGUCACAAAACAGCCCACCGUCUGUGCGCCCGCCUACAAAUCCAUGACACUUGUAAAGUCAAGCAACUCAGCGCACACCAAGUCACUUCCCUCACUGCUUUUCUCUCUUCUCCUGCGACUGCACCAUCAAUACCUCGCGCUCCCCUCGCUACCGUUGGCUUUACGCCUCCACCAGCAUCUACGGCUUUCGCGAAGCUCCCUGGCGCUGCUACUAUGCUCGCAUUGAACGUGCCUUCCGGCUCAGUGAAGUACAGCCCACGAGGAGGAGGUGACCAGCUCAGGAAUGUCAAGAUCGAAUCGGACCUGAAGAGGGAGAUGCGGGAGAACAUCGCGCAUCAGCGUAUGAUCGGCAGUUACGUGGGGAAGAGGCAUGCUAUGGGUCUUACGGUCAGAGGGCAGAACACCCAGAACAACGCGGCCACAGCGAGGAAGCUCAACAGGGUCGAGAGGCAUCGCUAG